GCCUUCUACACCGACGUAUUCAAAGUCCAGGAGGCUAUGCAGACGAGUGUGGAUAUAUUACAGCUACAUGUUUAUUUAGAGAGACAGCAUAAUGACAUGGGUAUUUUAUUGCUAUAUCAGUCAUACUUUGCAACUACCGAUUGUUUGGUCUCAGUUGGAUACUGUGUUUCUCCAACGUCUGGCGAAUGUGUCCUUGAAGUCGGCCUAUAACAAGUGAAGCAUCUCAGGACAUACAUCUCGACUUCAGGGUCGCCUGGAGAAGGGGAUUUCAUGUUCGCUGUCGUUUGUGGAGUAUCCUGAGAUGUACGUCCUUGUUUUAGCCCCUUGUUGCCGAGCGCCAGACAGGGUAACAACGUAACCAUCUUUUAUGACUCGGCCGGGUAUCGAACCCCGGACAUUCCGCUCUCCGGGAGGACGUUCUACCACUGGAUCAAAUGAAAGAACCUGUCCAAUUCACAACAGUUCUGGGCUUGGUCGUAUGUACAGCACGUGUCAUCACAGGAACUGGAGAAGGGCUCCCGCCCCACUGCUUCCAACCCUCUCACCCUCUCCCUUGUGAAAAGUGUGAGGAAAAAAUGUGGUACGGCGAGAAUUGUACUAAGGCAUGCAGUUCGGGAUGUAACGACUACGGCUGCAACAAGACGACUGGUGAAUGCAAAUCGUGUGAAGCUGGCUACCACUCUUUUUACUGUACGCUGGAAUGUCCACCCAACUGUCUGAAUGAUUCACACGGGCCAGCCAAAUGUGACCAGAACACAGCAAACUGCACAAAUUGUCAACCAACAUGGUGGGGGUCGCAUUGCACGAACAAAUGUGACAGCAACUGUAAGGACGGAGUUUGUGACUUUGAUGAUGGACACUGUAACGAAUGUGUAGUUGGUAAAGCAGGUGAGAAUUGUUCGGAAGAUUGUUCCACGGGAUGUUGGCUCCAUGAAUGUGACCGAGAAAACAUGAUUUGCACGGGUGGAUGUACCCCGGGAUAUUUUGGUGAGACAUGUGAAAAGAAGUGUAACGACAACUGUGUGUGCCGGGAACAGUGCCCAGAAUGCCCCCAAAACAACGUCACAUGCAGCAGCAGCAACAGCAACAGCAAAUUCACCGGUGUUAAUGCGUCAGCGAUUGCUGGUUCUCUGACUGGGAUCUGUGUCAUCGUUGUAGCAGUAGCUGUUGUCGGAUGUCUCGUAUGUAAAAAGACACGGCGCUUUAAUAGAUUGUUUUGGCGAUGUCGAAGCAGGCAACCAUCUGAGGCUGCUAAUAAUGACGUUCUGGAGACUUUAGCACAAGAUGAAGAUACAGGUGGCAAUGAUUAGGACGGUGUUUUAUCGUGGGAUGCGAGGACUUGUGACUACAGAACAAUAACUGAAGAAAGUGCAUGACUGUCGAUGGAACGACAUAGUCGAGGAACAGAUAUCAUUUUUAAUACUUACAUGCGUACUCUUUUCGCGAACAUCUUGUGUCAUCACUUUUCAUUCCUAUGAUGUUCAUCGCGAUGGAAUCUGUUUCGUUGGAUAAUCAAGACUGGUUCUUCUCUGGCGUUGACGUUUUUUUAUCAUGCUGUAGUGUCAAAUGUUGAAUAUGAAAGCUAGUACUUUAUGUUAUCAUUUGUUAGAUAAAUGUUCCCGUAUCAGUUCCGAAACGUUGCAUUUGAAGAAUAUUUUUUUUAUGUGUUGAUUUUUAUUUUUAGUGAUUUUGCGGGGUUUUUUUUCUUUUCGGGUGUGAAAGGGGCGUUG